AAUAAUUGAUCUUUGGAAAUCUCUUCAUGAUCACCGAAUUAUAGAGAUCCAAAAUUUUGGUCGACUUCAUCUAUAGAUUUGUCUAACCUUGAGAAUGUUAGAUUAUACAUUCGGAUAUAAAAUAAUUUCUUCUCAUGAUCAACAAGCUGGAAGCUGAGUGUGUAGUAAGCAAAUGUGAAAUUAACAAAUUAAAGAUGAUAGCAAUAGUUAUAGCUAUCGGAACGAUAUUAUUUUAUUUCUUCAUCAUCAAACCAAGAAAUUAUUGGAAGGAGAGGCAUGUUCCAACUGGAAAAAUAACACCUAUAUUUGGAGAACAUUAUCGCAAUAUUCUUGGUAAAGAUUGCUCCACAGAAUUUGUACAAAGAAUAUACAAUAAAGUACCGGAAGGAAGAUACACGGGAAUUUACUUAUUUCAAACGCCAGUUUUAGUUCUCAAAUCCCCAGAACUCAUAAAGGAGAUAUGUGUGAAGAAUUUCAAUAGUGUAUUAAACCGUCAAGCUCUAACUCCAGACUGUACAGAGCCACUUAUGUCCAAAAAUCUUCUAGCUCUCAAAGGACAACAUUGGAAAUAUAUUCGUCAUCUAUUGAGUCCAUCCUUUACUAUCAGCAAAAUCAAGGCUAUACAUGUUCUGUUGUGCGACAACGCAUCUAAAACAAUACAAUACUUUCAUGAUAAGGAUGAAGAAUUGAUAGAAGUAGAAGUAAAAGAUACCUUCACAAGGUUCACCAAUGAUGUUCUUGCCAAUACCAUCUUCGGUUUAGAAAUCAACUCUUUCAAAGACAGUCAAAACGAAUUCUACUUGAUGGGAAAAGAUGCUUCAGAUUUUUCGAAGCCUUGGAAAAUCUUCGUUAUACUUUUGCAUCACAUCUCUUCAAAGCUUGCAAGGACUUUGAAGAUAGAAUUAUAUGGACAACAAACUACGGAUUUCUACACCAAUAUAGUUAAACAAACAAUUAAAAUUCGCGAAGAGAAAAACAUUCAACGGAAUGACGUUUUGGGGAAUAUGAUGGAAGAGAGGAAGAAACUUAGAACAGAUACAAACUGUAACGAAAAUAUGAAUGAAAAAUCAGAUGAGAAAUGCGUCGAGACAUCAUUAUCUGAUGAAGAUAUAGCAGCACAUCUUUUUCUUUACAUGCUAGGAGGUUAUGAUACAACAUCAACAGCAAUAUGCUUUAUGGCUUAUGAAUUGGCUAUAAAUCCCGAUAUUCAGAAGAAGUUGAUAGAAGAAAUUGAUGGGGUUGGUACUGAAAAUGGCACGCCUAGUUACGAAGAUAUUUCAAACAUGGUGUACAUGGAUAUGGUUUUAUCAGAAACCCUACGAAAAUGGCCGAGCAUCGCACACACCGAUAGAGUAGUAUCAACUCCCUUCAACAUCGAAGCAGAAUUACCAGAAGAAAAAGCUCUUCAUAUGAGAGAAAAAUCCAAAAUAAUGAUUCCAAUUUUUGGCAUCCACAGAGAUCCGAAAUAUUACGAAGACCCUGAUAGAUUCGAUCCUGAGCGUUUUUCCUCGGAAAAUAGGAAAAACAUCAAUCCUUACACAUACAUGCCUUUUGGAGUUGGCCCAAGAAAUUGCAUAGGGAUGAGAUUAGCUUUGUUGGAAGUUAAAGUGUUGUUUUUCUAUUUGUUGAGCCAUUUCGAAAUUGUCAAAACUGAAAAAACAGAGAUACCUUUGAAGUUGAAGAGGACUGUGGUGACAUUGACUGCUGAAAAUGGUUUUCCAUUGGCUUUCAAGAGAAGACAUUUUGUGAAGAAAAUGUUGUUGGUACUCAUAGUAAUUGGAACGAUUUGCUUCUAUUUCUUCAUAAUCAAACCAGGAAAUUAUUGGAAAGAAAGGCAUGUUCCAACAGGAAAGAUAAUACCCAUAUUUGGGGAACAUUAUCUCAAUAUUUUGGGUAAAGAUUGCUCUACUGAAUUCGCUCAAAGAAUAUACAACAAUGUUCCUGAUGCGAGAUAUCUUGGCAUCUACUUAUUCCAAACACCAGUGCUGGUAUUGAGAUCACCAGACCUCAUUAAAGAUAUCUGUGUGAAGAAUUUUAACAACGUUUUGGAUCGUCGAAAUAUACCUCCCGAUUGCGAUGAACUAUUAGUGUCCAAGAAUCUCAUGGGUCUCAAAGGACAACAGUGGAAGGAAUUUCGUCAUCUAUUAAGUCCAUCCUUCUCUAGCAGCAAAAUGAAAGCAAUAUAUGUCCUCUUGUGCGAUAACGCUUCUAAAAUAGUACAAUACCUUAUGGACAAGCAUGAAAAUUUGAUAGAAGAAGAGGUGAAAGACACCUUCACAAGAUACACUAAUGAUGCUAUUGCUAAUACCAUUUAUGGUUUGGAAAUUAAUUCUUUCACAGAAAGAGAAAACGAAUUCUUUAUGAUGGGAAAAAAAGUCACAGAUUUUUCAGCCCCUUGGAAAAUAUUCGUCGUUCUCUUGUAUACCCUUGCUCCAAAAAUUGCGAAGAAAUUUAAAGUUGCCUUAUAUGGAAAGAAAACGGCGGAUUUCUACACUGAUCUUUGCAAACAAAUCAUUGAACUACGUGAAGAGAAGAAUAUAGAUAGACCAGAUGUUUUGGGCCUACUCAUUGAAGCGAGAAAUAAGUUUGAGAAAAGUAAAAGUUGUGACGAAGAGUCAGAAGGAGUGACUUAUUAUUCUACAAGUGAAACACCAAAUGAGAAAGUCUUGGAGAAAUACUUAUCUUAUGAAGAAAUAGCAGCUCAUCUUUUCUUAUUCAAGCUAGGAGGCUAUGAUACGUCAUCUUCAGCCAUGUGCUAUAUGGCUUACGAAUUAGCUACACAUCCAGAGAUUCAGAAGAAGUUGAUUGCAGAAAUUGAUCAAAUUAAAUCUGAAAUUGCCACGCCCAGUUAUGAAGCCAUUAUGAACAUGACAUAUUUGGAUAUGGUAGUAUCAGAAACUCUACGGAUGUGGCCUAGCCUUGCAUUGACCGAUAGGCUAGUAACAGCUCCUUUCACCAUUGCAGCAGAACAACCUGGAGAGAAACCACUACAGAUGAAAGAGAAAGACCUGAUCAUAAUUCCAAUUUUCGGGAUUCACAGAGAUCCGAAAUAUUACGAAAACCCAGAUCGAUUUGAUCCUGAGCGUUUUUCACCGGAAAAUAGGAAAAACAUCAAACCAUACACCUACAUGCCUUUUGGGGUAGGACCAAGGAACUGUAUAGGAAUGAGGCUAGCCUUACUGGAAAUCAAAGUGUUAUUUUUCUACUUGUUAAGUUAUUUCGAGAUCGUUGCAACUGAAAAAACAAAGGUGCCUUUGAGGUUGAAGAGAACUAUGGUUACGUCAACUGCUGACGAUGAUUUUCCACUGGCUUUCAAGAAGAGAAGUUCUAAAAUUAUGCUGCUGGUUUACACAGUCUUGUGCUUACUCCUGUACAUCCUAGUAAUCAAACCAUACCUUUACUGGUCGAACAAAAAUGUUCCAUUUAGAUUUUCUAUUCCAUUAUUUGGAGAAGGUAUCUACAUGAUCAUGGGCAAGGAAAAUAUGUCAGAUACUAUCAAAAGAAUGUACAAUAAGAUAUCUGAUGUCAGAUAUCUUGGAGUUUUUCAGUUCAUGCAACCCGUUCUUAUCGUGAAAUCGACAGAACUCAUCAAGCAGAUUUGCGUUAAGGAUUUUGAUCACUUCUUGAAUCAUAAAGUACUGUUGCCUGACGGAGUUGAAGAACUUUUGUCGAAGAAUCUCCUCCAAUUGAAAGAUCAAACUUGGAAAAACAUGCGAGCCACCCUGAGUCCAUCCUUCACAACAAGCAAAAUGAAGUCCAUGUUCACUCUGAUCUCCCAAAACGCUGAUGCGUUUGCGAAAUAUUUCAAACAAAAAAAUGACGGUAUCGUGGAGGUUGAAUUCAAAGACGCCUUCACCAGAUAUACAAAUGAUGUCAUAGCCAGUACAGCGUUUGGUCUUCAAGUCGACUCAUUGACUGAUAGGGAAAACGAUUUUUAUGUUUUGGGAAGAGAAAUGAGCGACUUUUCUACAUUCUGGAAGAAGUUUGUUUUCUUCUUCUUUCAGAUUUCUCCUACUAUAGCUAGAUUUUUGAGGCUCGAACUGUUUGGAGAAAAAACGAAAAAUUUCUUCUUGGGGAUUGUCAGAGAUACAAUCAAAAUGAGGGAAGAGCAGAACAUCAAAAGACCAGACAUGCUUGGGCUAUUGUUAGAAGCCAGAAAAGGUUCACAACAGAAAGAGAAGAUGCAAGAUACCAAAGAAGCAGGAUUUGCCGUUGUUGAGGAACAUUUGGAAGUGAAUGAAAUCAAGCCGCAAGACUUAACUGAUACAGAUAUAGCCUCUCAAGUAUUUAUUUUCUUUUUUGGUGGUUUUGAAACUGUUUCAACUGCUAUGUGCUUCAUGGCUCACGAGUUAGCAUCCAAUCCAGAUGUACAAGCAAAACUCAUCGAAGAAAUAGACGAAAGUGUACGGAAAAAUGGUGAACCCACCUAUGAAUCCAUUGCCAAUAUGAUAUACUUAGACAUGGUUGUCUGUGAAACACUGAGAAAAUGGCCCGUGAAUAUAGCAACAGACAGAAUGGUUACCAAACCUUAUACUAUAAACCCAGAAGAGCCAGGAGAAAAACCUGUUCAUCUUGAAGUUGGUGAUGUGGCCAUCAUUCCAAUAAUAGCCCUCCAUUAUGAUCCAAAAUACUAUGAGAAUCCAGAAAAGUUCGAUCCUGAACGGUUUUCACCAGAGAACCGAAAAAAUAUUGAUCCCUAUGCCUAUAUACCCUUUGGAGUAGGGCCUAGAAACUGUAUAGGUUCUAGAUUUGCUCUGUUAGAGUUGAAAGCAGUAUUCUUUCACAUACUGAGACAUUUUGAAAUUGUCCCAGUCGAGAAAACCAAUAUUCCAAUAAAACUGAGCACCAAAAGCAUAAAUUUAUCUUCCGAAAAUGAUUAUCCAUUAGGAUUGAAGAAAAGGGAAAUAAACAAAAAUUGAAGAGUCCAAUUUCUCUUAAUUUAUUAUAAUAAAUCAGUUGGUUUGGAAAUUAAUAUCAAAUAAUAUUCAAUUCUAACUAUUCUAAACAAGUCAUCAAUAAACAAUAAAUAAUAAUAAAUA